GGCUCUUAUGGGUAGGGUCCACAAUGACAGGAUUCAGCUCUCAAUGAAAGCUUUUCUCAUUGGUCAGGUCAGAAUUCUUGGGGUCUCAGAACGUGAAGAUGCAGAGUGUUAGGAGCCCACCAGAGUCGCAGCUGUUUGUGACCACAAUGAAUCAAGAUGUAAGCCACGCUGACUCCUCUUCAGAGAGAAGCCCCAAGGAGUGUGCAAAUGCCCAGGAGGUGUCUUUUGUGGAGACCUUAGCGAAGGAUGAUCUUGAUGCUGCUGUCAAGGGCAUGCUGUGCAGAGAAAACUACAUCAUAAAGGAACUGGACAAGUAUUUGCAACGCCAAGAUUUUUUAAAUGAAAGGAGGAAAGAGAUGCUGCACAAAAGAUGGGUUGAGAACGUGGCCUGUCCUCUCCAGCAGAAAAUCAUUGACAAAGUCAGCUCCCCCAAGGAGAUGGAGAAGAGGAAGCGCUUGGAGCCAGAUGGCUACUGGCGAUUCAGGAACUCCAAGGUGACACUCCCAUCAUUCCAUGAUCCCCUGUUACAAGCCCAGCAAGACAGGGAUGAGGAGAACAGAGCGAUUCUUCAGUGUGAGACAGGAAAACUAUACACAAUGAAGGAGUUUAAAGAAAUAGAGAAAGUCAAACGGCUGGCCAAGCUGCCACAAUCAUCCCUUGCCCGGCAGAAUAUCAGCCCGAAUGAGUGGCUUAAAGUCCCUGCUAGUUACAUGGAAAGUGAACUUCGUCAAAAGUCCAGGUUAAGAGUGAGAGUGAAUCGUAACCAGAUCAGCUCUGACUUCAGAAAGAUCUUCUAUCCUUCAGAAACCAAUAUAGAAGCCAACAUUUCCCAGGAGGACCCUUGUGAGGAGUCCAGCAGAACAUGGACAUCCUUCCCAAAGCUGAACCAUGAGGAGAUGGGAGAUGUGAAACAAGGCUUGGUCCAGAGUGAUGAACAGCCAGAAUGAGUGAAAGAAUCACAGCAAAUAAUAAAGCAUCCCUGAC